AAUAUUGUUCGAUCAUCGGUCAAGCGGUUGAAUAUUUCGUAAUUAGACAAUAUUUUCAAAGCUGUGCCAAUAAUUAUUACUGUUUAGUGUUCGUUUAUCAAUAAUAUUUAGUAGAAAGCCAUUUAUUCGAUAGUAUAUAAUCGCGAACGUGCAUAUGCUUUGUUGUGAGAACCACCUUUAUCUGCUGUCAUUUUGAGCUAUGCAACACAAUUUUUUCGACUUUUCGAUAAUGAUAUAUAACUUAGCGGUGGAAUAGUGCGUCUUGGACAAAACAAACGGGUAGUGGUCUCCGAAGGUCGUGUACUCGUCGAGGGUUCGCGAUGUGGCAUCAGUGGGUGGUGUGAUCUGGAGAAUGUGCGGUGGCGUUUAGUGCGUGAAGACGUGAGAAAGGGUGUCAGUAUGGAGGUAGUGGUGAAGGACGAGGAGCGCAUGCGGCGGCUCCGCGCGCUGGAGGAGCGGCUGUGCGACCCGCGGUCGCCGGGCAAUGUGGACUCGUUGCUGGACACGGUCGCGGCGCUGGUCUCCGACUGCGACCACCCGGCCAUACGCCGCAUGAAGAACGUCGAGGCCUACACUAGCAGAUAUGAAGAGUUUGCAUCUGAAAUUGUUGAUCUUCGUAUGAAGGCAGCAGAUUUUGACCUGAUAAAAGUGAUAGGUCGAGGAGCAUUUGGGGAAGUGCAACUAGUCAGACACAAGUCCACACGCCACGUGUAUGCCAUGAAGCUGCUGAGCAAAGUAGAGAUGAUCAAAAGGUCAGACUCCACCUUCUUUUGGGAGGAAAGACACAUAAUGGCACAUGCUAACUCUGAAUGGAUUCUCAAAUUACAUUUUGCCUUCCAAGACCACAAGUAUCUUUACAUGGUAAUGGAUUACAUGCCUGGUGGUGAUCUUGUUAGUCUCAUGUCUAAUUAUGAUAUACCUGAAAAGUGGGCUAAGUUUUAUACAAUGGAAAUAGUACUGGCGUUAGAUGUAAUCCAUAACAUGGGGUUUGUUCACCGAGAUGUUAAGCCAGAUAAUAUGCUAAUUGAUAAGUAUGGGCACUUGAAGUUAGCAGAUUUUGGUACCUGCAUGAGAAUGGGCCCGGACGGACUGGUGAGGGCUAGCAAUGCUGUAGGGACUCCAGAUUAUAUAUCUCCUGAGGUCUUACAGUCCCAAAAUGGAGAAGGAGUGUAUGGCCGUGAAUGUGAUUGGUGGGCUGUGGGUAUAUUUUUGUAUGAAAUGUUAAUUGGGGAUCCACCCUUUUAUGCUGAGAGCUUAGUAGGAACUUAUGGAAAAAUUAUGGAUCACAGGAACUCUUUACAAUUUCCUGAUGAUGUUGAAAUAUCUAAAGAGGCCAAGUCUCUUAUAAGAGGGCUGCUUACAGACAGAGUUAGAAGAUUAGGCAAGAAUAGUGUUGAUGAAAUCAAGCAACAUCCAUUCUUUUACAACGAACAGUGGAGCUUUGAUAAUCUCAGAGACUCAGUGCCACCUGUGGUCCCUGAGCUCUCUGGUGAUGAUGAUACUAAAAAUUUUGAUGAAAUUGAGAAAUCUGAUGCAUUAGAUGAAUCUUUUCCAGUGCCUAAAGCAUUUGUUGGCAACCAUUUACCUUUUGUGGGCUUCACUUACAAUGGUGAUUACCAACUAUGUGGCCGUAGAAACCAACACACAGAUGUUGUAGACACAAUCUCAACCAAUCAUGUCAACAAUGUUGGUUCUGAAGCCAUUUUGCAACUAGAAAAACUGCUGGAGCGUGAGAGAGAUGGCAGACGUAAACUUGAAGAUAGACAAGUGAGCCUCUGCGCUCAGUUGGAGGAACUGUCUCAGAGAGAAUCUAGAAGUAAAAAAUUAAUAGCCGACACUGACAAAGAGUUGGCAUUACUCCGACAUGAUCUUAAAGAAAUUCAGCGCAAGGCAGAAAUUGAAGCGGAAUCAAGAAGGAAAGCGGAAAUGAAUUACAGUGAAGCCAAAAGACGACUCGAGGAGGAACAGAACAAGAGAGCAAAAGAAAUGAGCAACCUACAAAAUUACAAUGAUAAAAUCAACACCCUAGAAAAGCAGUUGACAGAAUUACGUGAGAAACUAAAGCAAGAGUCGGAGGCGGCGGCCAAGGCGCGGAAACAGGCGGCCGAGAUGACGGCCGCGCAGGCCGCCGCCGCCGCCGUCAGCGACGGGACGACGGCGCGGCUGCGCGCGCAGCGGGACUCGCUCGAGCGCGAGCGGGCCACGUUAGCGGACGAGCUGGCCGCCGCCAAGGCCGGCAAGCAGCGCGCCGAGGCCGCCGUGGCGGAGGCGGGCGGGCGGCUCAGCGCCGCGCACGCCGAGCUGGAGCGCUCGGCCGCGCGCCUGGCGCAGGUGGCCAACGACAACCGCCAGCUGACGGAGCGCGUGUCGCAGCUCGAGAAGGAGUGCGCGUCGCUGGCGCACGAGCGCUCCGCCGCGCACCACCUCUACCAGCAGGAGCUCCGCGCGCACCAGGACACGCAGCGCUCGCAGCUGCUUUCCAAGCAGGAAGCCAACCUUGAGCUAGUCAAAGCGCUGCAAGGCAAGCUGAACGAGGAGAAGGCGGGGCGGCAGCGCGCGGAGGCCACGUGCCAGGAGAAGGACCGCCAGAUGUCCAUGCUCAACGUCGACUACCGCCAGAUGCAGCAGCGCCUGCAGAAGCUGGAGGGCGAGCAUCGCCAGGAGAGCGAGAAGGUGGUGGGCCUACAAGCGGCGCUAGAACAGGAGCGCGCCGCGCGCUGCGCCGGGGCCGGCGAGACAGCCGCGGCCGAGGCCGCCGCGCGCGCCGCCGCCGCCGAGCGCGACGCGCGCGCCAGGGACCUGCACAACGUGCGCCAGGCCCUGCACACCGCCUCCGAGAAGUUGGCUGCUGCCAGUGCUGAACGAGACAUGUACUAUACCAGGAGCGAGGAGCUACGAUCGCAGCUGGAGAACGAACAGCACUUCAGCCACGUGUACCGCGCGCAAGUGAGCGAGGUGCGCGCCCAGCUCGACGAGAGCACGCGCGCCGCGCGCGACCUCGAGCAGGAGCGCUCCAGCCUCAUGCACCAGCUGCAGUUGGCCAUCGCGCGCGCAGACUCCGAGGCCAUCGCCAGAUCGAUAGCCGAAGAAACCGUCGGCGAACUCGAAAAGGAAAAGACCAUGAAAGAACUCGAAAUGCGCGACGCCCUAGCUACGCACCGCAGCGAGUUGGCCGCCCGAGACUCUCUAGUGCAAGGACUGCGCGACCGUGAGCAUGAGAACCGUGCUACCAUCGAUUUGCAACGCAAGGAGGUAGACGAGUUGCGGCGCAGCGGCACAGCCCUAGCCGAGCGCGUGGCGGGCCUGCAGCGACUACAAGAGGAGGUGGAGCGGCUCAACAAGAAGCUCAACUCCGAGAUCAUGCUCAAGCAGCAGGCCGUCAACAAGCUGGCCGAGAUCAUGAACAGAAAAGACAUGAACCCAGCUGUAACAAAGAACAAAAGCAAGAUGUCUGUACGCAAGGACAAAGACUACCGAAAACUACAACAAGAGCUCACCCGCGAAAAGGACAAGUUCGACCAACAGGUCGCCAAGAUGCAACGCGAUCUGCAGGACACGCAACAGCAGCUAUUGGAGGAACAGCAGACGCGGCUGAAGCUAGCCAUGGAGGUCGACAGCAAAGACGUAGAAAUCGAGCAGCUAAAAGAGAAACUCGCCGCGCUGACCAGCGAAACAGCUUCCCAAUCCUCCGCCGACGCAGAAGACGGGGAAACCGAACAAACGCUCGAGGGCUGGCUCUCUGUUCCCAUCAAACAGAAUAUCAGGCGCCAUGGAUGGCGCAAGCAAUAUGUGGUCGUGUCGUCAAAGAAAAUCAUCUUUUAUAACUCGGAGAGUGAUAAGCAGAACACUACGGAUCCUGUUAUGAUCUUGGAUUUGAGCAAAGUGUUCCACGUGCGAUCAGUAACGCAAGGCGACGUGAUCCGCGCAGACGCGAAGGACAUCCCGCGGAUAUUCCAACUGCUAUACGCCGGCGAGGGCGAGGCUCGGCGGCCGCAGGACGCGCUCGACCAACCGCAGGACCAGACUGACCAGCAUGGUAACACGGUGCAGCACAAAGGGCACGACCUAGUGAGCAUCACGUACCACAUCCCGACGGCGUGCGAGGUGUGCACGCGCCCGCUGUGGCACAUGUUCCGUCCGCCGCAGGCCUACGAGUGUCGCCGUUGCCGCAUGAAGAUCCACGCCGAGCACGUGUCGGAAGCGGAGAGCGUGGCGGCGUGCAAGCUGCACGCGGACCGCGCGCGGGAGCUGCUGCUGCUGGCGCCGGGCGCGCCCGACCAGCGGCGCUGGGUGGCGCGCCUGGCGCGCCGCGUGCAGCGCUACGGCUACCGCGCCGCGCACACCAACCACGACCACACCAAGCUCUCGCCCAGAGACUCGAUGCGCUCGAACCUGAAGAUAUCGUACAUGAACGCGAGCCAGCGCAGCUCCACGCUGCCGGCCAACGCGUCGCUGCCGCGCCAGUAGCGCCGCCUGUUGUCGUGCACGUACACUAGCGAUGGACACAUGUUCGCAACCCCAUCUCGUUCAUCACCCAUCGGUUUGUACUAACAUUAUAUUUUCGUAGACAUCAUUUGUUUUGAUUGUGAUCGGUUUUCGUCCGCUCGACGGCGUUAUAUUUUGUUACGAUAUUUUUCGAUGAAUCUAUUGAAAAUAUGUUUUUGUAACUUAUUCAGUGAUUUAUAAAAUAAGCUAGUCUCAUGUAGUAAGUUCAAAUUUCGACUAAGUUAAAUGAUUCAGCUUGAUCGCUGUGAUAGUUUUUGAUGAUUUACAAGUGAGUACUUACGAGUGACGCGCGUUUGGAUCGGUCGGGGAGUCGCAGGUACACUAUUUACGCCCUGCACAUUUGCGAAGUAUUCGCAAUCGCACCUUUAUGCCAAUUGCGCCGUGUUGACCUAUUACACAAUAUGUAAUGUUAACAGUUAUACAUGACCUUACAUAAUACAUUAAGGUAGUAUGUACAUAUUUUUGACUCUUUGUCCGUGUCUGUAUGUAAUACGUUCAAUAACAUAUUUCACGAAGAACCGCAAAAACGGCACAUUUCUUGGUAUUUUCUCGAAUAUACAGGAGAAAGGCGUGCCUGGGCGAUCACGACCGCGAUCCUUUCUCGUGUUAAUAUACCGCAGCAUAUAAAAUAGCUCAUACGCAGACUAUAUUAAUUUUAGGGUGUUAUUACACAAUACGUAGACUCAGGGUAUCUUCCUCGCGUCCAUCCAGUUACGAUUACUCGGUAGUUUUGUACACGCGCUUUCAACCUUACAACUAGGCAACGAUCAUAAAGUUGCAGUUUACAAAAGAUUUGGCUACUUGUAAUAAUGGUGUAAAAUUUACUAAAUUAUUGAUAAACACAGUAAAAGUACAAGAAACUAAAAACUAUGCUCUCUGUGUUAUCAAAACAACUAGGCAUUUUUUCUGGGACCUCAAUUCUCUACCUAUGUAUGAUCUGCUUUGCAAUUCCAUACUAAAAAAUAAACAAGUACCUUAAUUCGUCUACCACUUAUUAAAUGUUCAUACAAUAAUAUCUAUGUUACAUUAAUCGGACAUAGUAUAUUUUCUGUUUAUUUUUGUAACGCCUAUAACCAGAUUUGCAUUUUAUUAUAUUUAGAUAUUUUUGUUACACUUUUGUGUUAAAAUUCUUUGUGUUAACUUGUUCGUAACCAACUUAUAAUUCGGUAUAUCUGUACUGUAGAAAAGGUUCCAGAAUUUCGUGAAUAAUAUUUUUGUGAUACUAAUACUAUCAAUGUAAAUGGUAAAUAUCCUGUACGGCCUACAGUGACGUGUUAAAAAAUAAUGGCCUAGCACGGCCAUAAACGUUCCAAUUAAAUGUUAUCGGUAUAACGACGGAAUUGUGACUGAGUAGGCUCUAACUUGGUGAUAAUCUGAUUCUAGAUACAAUUUUGGAUGUCAUAUUGCACUUUUUAAUCUCUAACUAAUGAUAUAUGUACAUAUAUACACAUAAGAUGCCAUUAAUUCUGGUAUUAAAUGUUUAAAACUAGCAUAUGUUUCUUUAAUGAAAACAUCGUUACAACAUCGGUCCGUUUGUAUUUCUAGAUCUGUUCUAAUGACUUAGAAUCACAGUACUGUACUAAUAAUCUGCACUGGUUACUAAACUAUUCUCACCUGCACUCGUUGCGUUCUUCCAUCUUGUAGGUAGGAGUAUUACAAGUACCGUGAGCACUCUCGGCGGGACCUAACGUGUUAGUGCAAGCAACGUACUUGCAACUUAACGAAAUCAGUGCCAUAAGUGAUUUGUUUAGUGAAACGGCUCCGGUAGUUGCUCAAAACCAUUUUUCCACUAAAACCAGCGAGUUACUUAAUUAUAUAAGACUCCCGUUCGGGCUUCCUUGAAUCAUACGAUCAUUACUGUUUAAGACUAGUGUACUGCGCUUAUUGUAUCGUUAUUACAAUGGCGGUUUGUAGGUUACGCGAACUAUACUAUCUAAAUACCUAAUUUUGUGUCUGAUGUCAAUCUUCGACAGGGCACUGAUAUUUAUAUGAUUCAAAGCAAUAAAAUCGGUUGUCGCACAGAUUAUCGACUACUAUAGUCUAAUUCGGAGUAUAUGGGUGCCAAAUGUGGGAUUUGACUAAUUAACUAUUAAUUGUACAAAACUUGUAAUAACUCCCAGUAGCUAAAUGCCGCCAAACGGCGUCAAUCAAGGGGUUAUUACGAUGCCAAGUCAAUACUUAUAAACACCAAUUUGAAUACGCCUUCGUAGGUUUAUAUAGCAUUUUCUACAGAUGUGAUUUGAAAGUACAAAAGUGUCGAGAGUACAUCUUGUUCAUUGUACUGACCUUGCCAGAAGUCAAGUGGUAAUGCGGUAUUACACUUGGCGGCUCGCUCAAUUGUUUAAGGCACAAGCAGACAGAAUGCAUUCCUGCACCUUAUACGUAUAGAAACUAUACAUUGACAACGCAGCUGAAGUAAGUUGCAGUAUAGUGUUUCGUUUUUGGCUUAUCCAAAUAAAAAACAAUACUUAUGUUUACCACAAAAUACAAUAGUGAAAUGUCGUUAGAACUAUCUUGAAAGAUCGAAAGAUUAUCAACUUUAUUUCUGUGUGAUUUAAAAUGACAAAGAAGACGGUCUCAUGGCGCGCCAUGCAUCAGCCCUGAGUGCCAGAAAAUACGGGUGUGCUUGAUAUAUUGAAUUUCUAAGCUACUUCUCAGUGUCAGUUGACAAUAAGUUGAACCUUCAACAUAGUUCAAACGACUGUUUAAUCGACUGUUUUGUUGUCUGUAAAAUAUUGACUAAUAACAAAAACGUAACAUUAUCAUGCUAUCCGUCUGCUUGAGCCUUCUCGAACGCCGUACCGCGCUCGAUGAGCUGUGAUAGUGAAGACGUGUCUACGAACACCCGUGGUGCUACAGGAAGCAGGCCUCCGACGCAUUGUUGUUACUAGUGGUUCUUGUUGAAUAGAUGCGCUGUUUAUUAUGGCUCACCACAGCUUCCUCCACGAUCCUACUUCAUCACCUUGUUUUUAUUGCAAUAGGUGGAGUGUUUUAAAUCGUCGACGUUCCUAUGGGUUUCCCCAAACCUAUCGACGCCGAAUCGGCUCUAGUCGACCAAAAAUCGCUCGUUAAUAGUAGCUCGUUAAUAGUGUGGCGUCGUCGCUGAACCCAUCCUUACGUAUGUUCAUACUAACGAGCGAUUUUUGGUCGGCGAAAGCCAAUUCCGCUUCGAUAUGUGUGAGGAGUCCCUAUGUCGUCACUUUCGCUAGCGCUGGAAUUGACAAAGAUGUGAAUGACUGGCCUAACAAAACUUUUCAGUUGUAUGAUGUCUCAUUUAUAUAAGUCAGUCAGAAUAAUUGAUGGUACAAUAAUAUAGAUAGACGAUUAGGGACUGAAGUCAAAGUAACGUGAUCGAGUUAGGAAGGUGACGAUUAGGAAUUGUGUGCUGACGAGAUGGUAUUAUAGACUAUUUAAAACGACGAUGAAAUAGGAUUGUGGAGGGAGCGGUCCUGAGCCUUUAUUAUUGCUCUACACACUGUUUACAUUCCUCCGACGAAAGCUAUGUUGAGUUUUGUUUAUCUUAGUUUUAUAUUGACUCAAGUUCAACUCUCUCGCUUGUCCAGUUAUCGCUUUUAUAUUUUUUUAGAUGUAAGUCCGAAACAAUCUCUGUUCAUUUAUGUAGGUACUGACAUACGAAUUUCAAAUUUACCUAGGUACUUAAGUGUUUGAUAGAUUGCAAUCACCGUAGUUGUACGCUUAUUUUUGAGAUGCAUUUUUAAAUAUAUACGAUUAGGCAGCUGUUGCAUUGUGUUACUCCAUUCCAUGAUAUUUUAUUUUUCGCGCGUUUGGAAAUGGUUCGUUUGCCAAAGAAAAUUUGAAAAUCAGCAUAAACAAAAUUAUUUCACGUCUUAUUUUAAUAGUCCACGUUUUGUUUCCGUGCUUGUCAUUAAUAUUAAUUCAGUAUGAUAAUAAUUAUUGUUAUUUACUAUGCAUAAUUAUAAACCUGAUUUUAUUACACGACAUUUUUCGGGAGUAUUUUUUUAAGUAAUCGUAGCCUUAUCCUUUAUACACGUUUGUAUGUUAAGAAAUACUCCCAAAUUGUCUGACGUAUAACUCCAAUAGUGGACAAUGUAAAAUCAUAUUAUGUAAAUUAUUUAUUGUAAUUCUAUUACAUCUCUUAUUGUAACGUUUUAUUUAUCGAGCUAAAAUUGUAAGUUCCUAACUAGCUAGCUUCUCAUUUGUAAAGAUACUUCGCAGUUAGCUUGUCGCCGACAGUGUUCGGCUUAACAGUUAUCGCGUAGAAAAGGUGUAACAAUUUUACUCUAAUACAUUAUGAAUCUAUUACUUUAUAAAAUUAUUUCGGAAUUGAGUAUGCGCCCGCGCCCCCGGGGGCUGAGCGAAUUAUUAUUAUUAUAUGUAUAUGCCUACGUCAUACGUGUCAUGCAAUAUACUAAUACCACGUGCCUUAGCUACGGCCCACUCCCAUAUCAUCUAGGCAAACUAUGUUAAAUCUAUCAAUAGUUAUUGUAAUGUACAUAUGUUUUUAAAAUAAACCGAUAUUUUAUGGAUUUUUAAGGAAUUUGUAUAUUGUAAAGAUUAUUAAUUAAUUUUAUCAUAAAAUUAAUGCCUAGCUAAUAAGUGCUACAUUUGUGAAAAAUAAAUAACAUUUAAAAA